CUCGGCGGAAGUGCAGGCUUCCUGGGGACCCUGCACAUCUUCGCCAUCGCAAAUGGACAACACCGGCACAGCCAGAUUCCUUAGGCCAUACGCGGGCAGUGAUCUGACGUGCGCGCUCGGCUGCCGCACUAGCCGAGUUUAUGUGGGGACAGCCGACGGAAGUGUGCUCGCGUUCGCCGCGAACGCGUCGGGUGAAUCAGAUCGCAGCGGUGGCGCCGAGGUGCCGCCGGCCGUCAGCCUGACGCGCGUGCUCUGGGACUUACGCGUAUCCACACAGGCAGUGACGAGUGUAUGCGGUAACGAAGCAGAAGAACAGCGCAACAGCACGCUGCUAGUGGUCGGCAGCGCAGGAGGAGAGCUCGUGAUACUGCGCGAAAAGCUGGAGCUACGACGAUUCCAGUUGGAGAGUGCAGUGCAACACAUUUGCUUCCAUCAGGACGGAGAGUUUAUCGUUGGCGACGUGCAUGGCAAUCUCUACGGCGUCACACAUUAUGAGAUUCUUUGGAAGAGACGACUGCCUACUAUUGCUACCAGAAAUGAUGUUGGGGCAGAGUGCUUCUACCCUUCCGUCGUCAUGCCAACAGUGCAAGCGAUCGCGAACGCCAAGCUGCUGGACGUCGAGAAAACACUGUCGAGUUAUGUUUUAGUGGCUACCGGACAGAAACAUUUAUUGCUGACUCACCGCGGCAAGGACUUUGGAGUGGUUCCGACACGUACCCCGAUUUCAACGUUAGCGAGCAUUCCAGCUGAAGAUGAAGACGUCGUGCUUGCAGCCGGAGAGGAAGGGUGA